UGUGAGAACUUCAGGUGUAGCGAUAUGCACUUGUUUCACCUUAUUUGGGGUAGGAGCUGCGGCGGACCGUCCCGGUUUGUUGAUGGAACUUUUCAACGACGUUCCAGUAAGCCGCGGUCCAAAUGGCCCGAGCCUCGAUUACUAUCGCGGUCCAUUGGUUUGUUAAAUCUACAGCGAUGGCUUGGAGAAUUCAAAGCCGUAGGUAUUUAUGGUUACAUGGUCCGCCCUUGAUGAUGUCUGGGUUUCGACACCAGAUCAAGAAUUGCCUUCGAGCUCCCCGCCAGUUCGAAUCCGUCGCGUGCGUCCGCGUGCGACCCGCAACGUGCACACAAAGUCAAUGGUCGUAGGUCUUUGGGAUCACCGGAUGACGAAAAGACCAUUCAUAUGCUGGCCACGAGCAGCUAUGUGACGACUAUAGAGGUUACUUCUCUAUGUCAUUGCGGACUG